GACACAUGCACAUCUGGGCUCCACGCUUGGAAAGCAGCGGUGAAGCUUCAAACUAGUGCGGCUCUGUUCGACCCCUGAAACUAUUCGCGCAUAACGCAAACUUCAUCGUUCGUGUCGCACGCGCGCGAGUUUGCGACCCAAUGCCAGCUGCACAAGCGCCUAACUCUGAAGAAGCGCAACCCGACACCAAGUCUGUCCGCCUGCACAUAACACCUUUUCGCCCGGACCUUCUCAACGUCUACAUCGCGCCUUCUGUUCUGCCCUCGGCGCAGAACAUCUCCUACCAUACCGUCGCCACAUUCCCCGAAAGAGGUUUCGGCUACGUAGAGCUGCCAGAGGCGGAAGCGCAGAAGAUUAAGAAGAAGCUCAACGGCACGACACUGAGGGGCACAAAGGUGCGCAUAGAGAUGGCGAAACCAGAGAAGCGCAAAGCGCGCGCUGAGGCCGACGCUGCAAAGGAACAGGAAGAGGCCGAGAGACCGUCGAAACGUGCCAAGAAGGACAAGAAGGAGAAAAAGGAAAAGAAGCGCAAGGAACAAGGCGUACUGGAAGGUGUCGAGCUGCCAGAUGACAGGAAGGUCAAGCGUGGCUGGACCGAGCCUGCGGCCAAGCACAAGAAGGAGAGGAAAGAAAAGAAAGACAAGAAGGAAAAGAGCGACAAAGAUGCCAAGAAGGAGCGCAAACACUCAAAGUACACCAGGGAGCCCGAGCUGCUUUUCAAGGCCAAAUUGACGCCCGUUGCUGCUACCGAGGUUGCACACAAGGACAAGAAGAAGGACAAGAAAGAGAAGAAGGAAAAGAACAAGUCGGCAGCGCGAGAGGUGGUUGUUCACGAAUUCGAGAAGAACACCAAGACCCCCAGCUUUCUCAAGGAACCCCAGGUUGCAGUGUCCAAGAAGCCGGCAGUCGACUAUGUCGAUGGCCAGGGAUGGGUGGAUGAGGACGGUGUCGUCGUAGAGCCCGAGACAGGAAAGGCAAAGGCGAGGAGAGCUUUGGAGAUGGUAGAUGAGCUGACCGAAGCUCAAAAGGCCUGGAUCGACGGGACUGGACGUCCUGCGGCUUCUACUUCAACUUCGACGCCGAAAGCUACAAAAGACGAGAAAAAGAAGAAGAAGAAGGCCACACCACCGCCCUCGUCAUCUGAAUCUGAGGAUGACGAAUCGUCGGUGGUCUCAUCCUCUUCCGAAGAUGAAGACUCUUCCGACUCUGAAUCCGACGAGUCAGAAGCUGAGUCCAGAUCUGCUUCACCAUCUCCCGUCUCAUCGACCAAAGCAAAAAAGACGCCAAACACUCCCAAACCCACAAAGCCGGCUGAGAAGGAAGUUCACCCUCUGGAAGCUCUAUUCAAGCGCGCAAAGCCCGCUGAGGGUGAAACGUCGACUCCAAAGAAGCUCACCCCAAUCAACACAUCCUUUAGCUUUUUCGACAACGAAGAACCCCUAGAACCCAACGGCGAACCCAUCGAAGAUGCUCCCAUCACACCCUUCACCCAACGAGACAUUGAAUGGCGUGGCCUCCGCAGUGCCGCGCCUACCCCCGACACCGCCGCCAUCGGCCGCCGCUUCUCCUUUGACUGGCGAACAAACAGCCAAGAAAUCGACGACGAAGACAUAGGCGACCUAGACCCAGACGCAGAGCAAAGGCUCACUCUGAACACGCGCGCAAAUGCCGCUAGCAAGAAGCUCCCCGGUGUCGUGGAAGAAGACGAAGAAGAGGCUACGGGUGCUACUGCUGGUGCUGAAGAAGAAAAGCCAGAAAGCGAGUUCAAGAAAUGGUUCUGGGAGAAUAGGGGUGAUUUGAAUCGCGCGUGGAAGAAGAGGAGACGUGAUGCGCUUAAAGCUAAACGGCAUACUGAGAAUAGGAAGAUGACUGGUGGUGGGAGGAGGGUUGUUCAGUAG